AUGGCAGCCCAGUCAAACCCGCCAAGAAUCAUAUCCAUUGUCGGCGCCUACGCUGAGGGUGACACCGGAGAUGUUGUUACUGGCGGAGUGCUGGAUGUCAAGGGUAAAAACUCUAUGUUUGAGAAAAUGGAGUACUUUAGAGAACACAAAGAUGAACUACGCAAAUUACUUAUAUAUGAGCCACGAGGACGGCCGACUAUGUUUAUUAACGUACUUCUCCCGCCUUGUGCCCCUGAGGCCGAUGCUGGCUUUAUUAUUAUAGGGUCUGAAAAAUACCCGCCUAUGUCUGGUUCCAACUUGACUUGCGUGGUGACCGUCUUGAUAGAGACUGGGAUGAUACCAUUUAAAAAGGGAGAUCGACCUUUAAAACUUGACACGCCCGCUGGUCUGAUUACAGCUACUGCACAUUGCGACGACAGAAAAUGCACAAGUGUAUCUUUUGAAAAUGUGCCAUCAUUUUCUUUCGGUGAAUACAAUAUCCAAUUUCGUCACAAACUGGUUAAUGUCGAUAUCGCUUACGGAGGCGUGAUAUAUGCCAUGGUGGAUGCUCGUACUAUUAGUGCUAUUUUGGAUGAUAACCACGCAAAUGAGUAA